AUAAUAUCUGACUUUAAAUUAAGUUAAAACCACCUCAAACAAAAUGGAAACUCCAUCACUCACUAAAGAAGAAGCGGUAACCUUUCUCUCAGACGUUUUACAGUUUGAAAACUGGAAUGAAGAGCUACAAAAUGACAAGGUUGAGUUCGUCAAUCAUUUAAUGAUCAAAUACCAGCAGAAACAACCAUUUCAGACACUAUCAUUAUUAAGUGAAGAUCUAAACGCUCGGAAAAUCCCAACAUGGGAAGAAAUUAAAACUGCAAUUUUUACAAAGGAAGGAGGUCUGUGUCACACGCUGAAUACAUUUAUUUGGAUGUUGCUUAAGGCACUAGGGUAUGAUGUGUAUCUGGUUAUGUCGAAUGUUGUCAUAAAUGAACAGUGCUUUAAAGAAACAUUCAACCAUACAUUGGUGAUAGUGCGAGAUCUUACAGUCAAAGGAAGCCUGCAUGUUAUUGACUGUGGUUUUGUGACGCCAAUAUUAAAUGCUAUCAUUAUUGAAGACCCUGCCCAAGAUGAAGACAGCCUGAAUGAAAUGAUGUAUCACAAUGGCGGUAAAAUUUUCAAAUAUGUCAAAAGAGGUUCAAACACAUACGUGCG